GCUCCCACUCCCUUUGAUUCGGGAAGGAAACAGUGAGGGUGUACGAGACAGAGAGGGGGGAAAUACCGAUGGCAGCGAGAUGCAACCCUCCGCCGCAAGCAAUGCAAGAUUAGAUCUCUAAAUGCAGCAAAACACUCCCUGAAAACCAACAACCCCGCGGUGCAAUCAGACAUUUCACUACCUCUCACUGCACACGAAGAGGGCUUCAACAAGCUGAGACUUUUUUUUCCCUUCUGUCUCUCCUACCCCUCCACUCCAUCAAUUGCAUCACAAGCGAUGAGUAGCAAAUAAGCUUUUCUAUCUCUUGCUACAGACCUGUGACCACCCUCCUUUCCUAUGUAUAUAUAAAUACACAUAUUUAAGAAAAAUAUUUUUGAUUUAAAAAAAAAAACCACAACUACUGCCGCCGUUUUUUUUAUUAUUGUUAUUAUUUUUAUUAUCCUUUGUACAUCUGCGGGGAUUCAAGGAUCAGGAACACACCGCCUGCCCGGAGGAGAAGAUCUUUUGCAAAUUUUCUGAUUUUUGAAACCCUCCCACUGCCAAAGUUGGACAGCCGAAGUAACUGCGAGGGGACUGCAAUCACGGCAAGCUCUUGCUGAAACGCUGCCGAAGCUGUUCCCUCCCUCCCCUUAGCCCCCCCGCACACGAUUGCUUCCUCCCUCUGAGCUACAUGGUCUAUUUGCUGCCUCCCAUCCUGUGUCUCUGCAGACGUUUUAGAGCAACAGGUUCAGGAACUUGAAAUAUAGGGGUGGGGAGAGAGAAGGGGAAAAAAAAAAAAGAAAAAGGAAGAAAAAAAAAAGAGCCGUCGGAGGAGGAAGAACAACCCCAGCGCAGGAGGCAAAGAACACGGGGACAACCCUGGUCGUCGCUGCAGCCCCGACCACCUCCACCCCCUGCUCGGGGAUGUACCUUUCCAUUUGUUGCUUCUUCUUCUUCUGGGCUCCUGCCCUGUCUCUAAAGAACCUGAAUUACUCGGUGCCAGAGGAGCAGGGAGCGGGCACGGUCAUCGGGAACAUCGGACGCGAUGCGCGGCUGGCAGCAGGCACGGGGGGAGGCGGGAUGCUGCCUGCGGAGCGUGGCGCUCCCGGUGGCGGCCGCGGCCCCAAGUCCACCUUCCGGGUGCUGGAGAACUCAGCCCCGCACCUCCUGGACGUGGACGGGGAGAGCGGGCUGCUCUACACCAAGCAACGCAUCGACCGUGAGGCGCUGUGCAGGCGCAGCACCAAGUGCCAGUUGUCCCUCGAGGUGUUUGCCAACGACCAGGAGAUCUGCAUGAUCAAAGUGGAGAUUCAAGACCUGAAUGACAACGCACCAUCCUUCCCCUCUGACCAAGUGGAUAUGGACAUCUCGGAAAAUGCUGCACCAGGCACCCGCUUCCCCCUCACCAGCGCCCACGACCCAGAUGCUGGGGACAAUGGUCUGCGCACCUACUUGCUCACCCGUGAUGACUAUGGCCUCUUUUCCCUUGAUGUGAAGUCCCGUGGUGAUGGCACGAAGUUUCCAGAACUGGUCAUCCAGAAACCAUUAGACCGUGAGGAGCAGAGUCAUCACACCCUGGUAUUGACAGCACUGGAUGGUGGUGACCCACCGCGUUCAGGCACAGUGCAGAUCAAUGUGCGCCUCAUUGACUCCAAUGACAACAGCCCCAUCUUUGAGGCGGCCUCCUACGUGGUAGAGCUGCCGGAGAAUGCACCCCUAGGCACUGCUGUCAUCGACCUCAAUGCCACUGAUGCUGAUGAGGGUACCAAUGGAGAGGUGCUCUACUCCUUCAGUGGCUACGCGCCUGAACGCGUCCGUGACCUGUUUAGCAUUGACCCACAGAGCGGCCUCAUCCGUGUCAAGGGCAACCUGGAUUAUGAGGAGAGCGGCCUCAUUGAGAUUGAUGUCCAGGCUCGGGACCUGGGACCCAAUCCCAUCCCCGCUCACUGCAAGGUCACUGUCCGCCUCAUUGACCGCAACGACAAUGCUCCCACCAUUGGCUUUGUCUCUGUUCGCCAGGGAGCACUGAGUGAGGCUGCCCCACCAGGCACCGUCAUUGCCCUGGUGCGGGUCACUGACCGUGACUCAGGAAAGAACGGGCAGCUCCAGUGUCGGGUGCUGGGCGGUGGCGGCGGGCCCGGUGCCGUUCCUUUCACCCUGGAGGAGAACUAUGACAACUUCUACACUGUGGUCACUGAUCGACCUCUAGACCGUGAGGCACAAGACGAAUACAAUGUGACCAUUGUGGCACGUGAUGGGGGCAAUCCCCCACUUAACUCCACCAAGUCAUUUUCUGUCCGUAUCCUUGAUGAGAAUGACAACCCACCCCACUUCAGCAAGAACCUUUAUGUCUUACAGGUGCCUGAGAACAACAUUCCUGGAGAGUAUUUGGGCUCAGUCUUGGCCCAGGACCCUGACCUGGGCCAAAAUGGGACAGUGUCUUACUCCAUUUUGCCUGGGCAUGUGGGAGAUGUCUCUAUCUACACCUAUGUCUCUGUCAACCCUACAAAUGGUGCUAUCUAUGCCCUGAGGAGCUUCAACUACGAGCAGACAAAGCACUUUGAGUUCCGUGUGCUGGCCAAAGACUCUGGUUCACCCCACCGCGAAAGCAACGCCACAGUGCGUGUUACUGUGCUCGAUGUCAACGAUAACGCACCCCUCAUUGUCCUUCCUGCCCUCAUCAAUGACACUGCCGAGCUGCAGGUACCACGCAAUGCCGGGGUGGGCUACCCUGUGGGGACCGUCCGCGCCCUGGACAGUGACUUUGGGGAGAGUGGGCGCCUCACAUAUGAGAUUGUGGAAGGCAAUGAGGAGCAUUUCUUUGAGAUGGACCCCACUAGUGGUGAGAUACGCACCUUGCAUCCCUACUGGGAGGAGCUCAGCCCUGUGGCUGAACUGGUGGUAAAAGUCAGUGACCAUGGCAAGCCCAGCCUCUCUGCAGUGGCCAAGCUCAUAGUCAGGGCCUUGGCAGGGCCCCUGCCCGAGGCCGGUGAGCCGCAGGUGAACGGUGAGCAGCACCGGCGACCACACUGGGACUUGUCGCUGCCCCUUAUCGUGACGCUGAGCACUGUCUCCAUCAUCUUGCUGGCUGCCAUGAUCACUAUUGCUGUGAAGUGCAAGCGAGAGAACAAGGAGAUCCGCACCUAUAAUUGUCGCAUUGCUGAGUAUAGCCACCCUCAGCUGGGAGGAGGGGGAGGCAGUGGCGGGGGAGGAGGAGGCAGUGGCAGUGGAGGGGGCAAGGGCAAGAAGAAGAAGAUCAGCAAGAAUGACAUUAUGCUGGUGCCCAGUGAGGGCGAGGACAGCCGGGGUCCCCUCAAUGUUAUGAAUGUGGUGAGCAGCCCAUCCCUGGCCACCUCACCCAUGUACUUUGACUACCAGACCCGCCUGCCCCUCAGCUCUCCCAGGUCCGAGGUGAUGUACCUGAAGCCCGCCUCCAACAACCUGACUGUACCCCAGGGACAUGUGGGCUGCCACACCAGCUUCACAGGGCAAGGGACUAACGCCAGCGAGGCUCCCCCGAGCCGGAUGUCCAUAAUUCAGACAGACAAUUUUCCCGCAGAGCCCAAUUACAUGGGCAGCAGGCAGCAGUUUGUUCAAAGUAGCUCCACGUUCAAGGAUCCAGAAAGAGCCAGCUUGAGGGACAGCGGGCAUGGGGACAGUGAUCAGGCUGACAGUGACCAAGACACUAACAAAGGCUCCUGCUGUGACAUGUCUGUUAGGGAGGCACUCAAGAUGAAAACUACUUCAACUAAAAGCCAACCACUUGAACAAGAACAGCAAGGCAGAGGCCAAAGACCCAUUGUUGGGAUCUGUGGACCAGCCCGCUGUGAGGAUGGAAAAUUUUCAGAGCAAGAAGAAUGUGUUAACUGCACAGAUGAAUGCAGAGUGCUUGGUCAUUCUGACAGGUGUUGGAUGCCACAAUUUCCUGCAGCCAGUCAGGCUGAGAAUGCAGAUUAUCGCACAAAUCUCUUUGUACCCACAGUUGAAGCUAAUGUUGAGACUGAGACAUACGAAACUGUGAAUCCCACUGGGAAAAAGACUUUUUGUACAUUUGGGAAAGACAAGAGAGAGCACACUAUUCUCAUUGCCAAUGUUAAACCUUACUUAAAAGCCAAACGUGCCCUGAGUCCUCUGCUUCAGGAGGUUCCCUCAGCAUCGAGCAGCCCAACCAAGACAUGCAUUGAGCCUUGCACCUCAACAAAAGGACCACUGGAUGGUUGUGAAGUGAAAUCAGGAGCCUUGGCUGAACCCAGCAGCCAGUACUUGUCAACUGACAGUCAGUAUCUAUCGCCCAGUAAACAGUCAAAAGACACUUCCUUCAUUGCAUCAGAUCAGAUGGCUAGGGCCUUUGCAGAUGUACAUUCCCGAGUGAGCCGAGACUCGAGUGAGAUGGACUCUGUUCUGGAGCAGUUAGACCGUUCAGCCCGGGAUCUAGGCAGGGAGUCGGUGGAUGCCGAGGAAGUUGUGAGAGAAAUAGACAAGCUCUUGCAGGACUGUCGGGGAAAUGACCCUGUGGCCAUCAGAAAGUGAGGGGGAAAAUGGACAGGCUGACAGUUUGGUUCUUCUUCUGCUGAUUAAAAGUAAAUAAAUAAAUAAAUCCCCUGCUUGUAACAGAAUUAACAGGAAUGAAGGAAGACCAAUGCUGCUUUAAGGUUUUGAGUGAACAUCUGAAGUGCCCACAAGUAUGUUCUUUUCACUGCUCUUUCUUUUUGACAGAUAACACUGGUUUCAUUUUGACCAAACUUUCAUUAGGACAGAGUCAAGUACACCAAGAAUAAAAUGAAAGAAGGAAAGACAGUGCCAUUUUGACAAUCUGAUAGGAAGGUGUGAGAAAGAUGGAGUGGAAAUAUGUGUGAUACUUUAAGACUGUCCUCAAAUAGCUGAUGCUGACUUUACUGUUUACGUAUAAACCCCAAGAAAAAAAGGGUUGAAUAAUGCUGAUCUGUGGUGGAUUUCCAGCAGUCACCACAGGCUUCUAUUGAAAGUCCUAUAAAGAGUUAUUGUAGUAGUCCAAGUGACAUCAAACAUUAACAUUCAUUUGUGGUAAAUAUUUAUGUACAAAGUUAUCUGCCACAAAUAUGGGAAAGAAAAAAAAGAACAAUAAAACAGAAAGAACCAUUCCAGAACAUUAUUCAAGGAAACAUAUCCUAAUCAUUAAUGAAACACUUCAUAUCAUAUUAAGGUUAAGUGUAAAAUGAUAUAGUCCAUCUUGUCCUGCACACACAUAAGCUAACUCACUUGAUAAAAAAGAAAAAAAAUUAAUAUCUAUUUAGCUUUUUAGUGUCCAACAAAGCUAUAAAUAGUUAGUGAUAAGUUUAAAAAAAAAAGGAAGUAAAAUAAAGUUUGAAAAAAAAUAGAGUUACCUUAAGGGUAAUACAGAAAAGAAAUUAACAUUAUUAACACUUUUUUAUUCAUUUGUGGACACUAAAAUAGCUCAGGAGGGUGAAAAUGUCUUAGACAUCCACAAAAAUCACAUGGUCAUUUAAAUGUGCAAAUGUAAGAAAAUUCAGUGUGUUUACAUCAAAUGACAUAUUUUUAUUGAUUUAUUGCAGAUUCAGUGCAUAUGAGCCAAAUUGUUGAGUGUAUAAGAGCUAUAUUGUGUAUUUUAUUAAAUUAAUAUAUAGUUGUGUUGCAAAAAUAUUUGGGCUUAUAUUGUAAAUGGCAAGUGUUGCCUCGGUAGCUGUCGAACUCUAUGAGUUUUGUUUUUUCCUGCUUCCUUUUCCCCAUGGAAUAUGGGAAGCAGCGCCUCAGAGCAAAGUCUCUUGUUUAAUGUAUGGUCUACGAAGUACUGCAGUACAUAAUCUGUUCAAAAUGUGUUUGAGUGAGCUGAUGGAGCUAACUGAACAGCCUACAAAUACAUCCAUCAGUCAUGGUUAUGUGCAAGUCCUUGUAGAAGCUUCUAUUGCAAACCCAUGUGUAAUAACAAAAGUUACACUCGAGCCAACAGCUGGAACCUCCUUGGUUUUUUUUUUUUUUUCAAACACAUGCAGCCAGCCUGUUUAAUGUAGGAUAUUUGAUUGACUUCCUCAGAGAUGACACCAUUUCCAAAGCUUUGGUAUAAAAUUCAUAGAACUGAAAAACGUUUCAGUACCAAUAUGGCAUAAGGAGAAUUUCAUCUGAUUCUUCAGAAUAUGCAAUUGCUUACUGCAGUUCUAGAUAAACACUUGUUAUUUUGGGGGGUGGUUUUAGUUUGAUUUUCACUUGAAUAGUAUUUUCAGAUAACUUGGUAUAUAGUUUCUACUUUUUAUUAUUUUUUUUCUAAGAGUGUUUUUAUUGCAUUUGAAAAACUCAAAAUUACUUUCAGGUAUAACUUAAAAAACAACACACAUUCAAAAUGAACUUGUACAGAACAAGAACAAGCAGAAGAAUAAAAUUACUAGCUCAGGAUAUAUACUUCAGAUAGUCUGUUGAAAAUAUCACUAUGGCACAUUGUUAAAAAGUUAGGUAUUGGGUUUAUUAAAUUUAAUCUGUACUAUAAAAAACACUUAUAAAACAGAUUGUCACUCUAAAAUACCAUAAGCCAUAGUCUGUAUCCGUUCAAGAAAGAAAGUUGACCCAACAGCCUAUUUUGGUUUUGGGAUUGCAUUUAAAUGGUGAUUCUUAGCUAGUUAGUCCUACAAUGAAUUGUCUUUGGGAGACAACCGUUCUAGUUUGCUUUUAGCUCCUCCUAUUAAAAAAAUCCAUUAUUACAUGUAAGAAAAGGAUCUUGUACAUGUCUUAUCAAGCUACUCUCCAUGUUUUGGACAAUUUAUGUAUCUAAAAUGUGGUGUUGUCUGUGUUAUAUAAUUUUAUUUUUUUGGCCAGGAGAUCUGAGAUUGGUUUUGCUUGAUAGCUUGAUAGCUUGAAAUUCCAUUGUGGAGAGGAUUUCUUAUUGUUUGAUUGAUCUUUUAUACGUAUUUUCGUGGUGCCCAUCACUUCAGUGUCUGUGCACCAAAUCUUUAGCUCUGCCGGUGAGAUCCAUUAUUCAGCAAAAUCUAAGCCAACAUGUAAAUGCAGUCAAGUGAUGGAGAUUUGUGUAUUUUAUAAAUGAUUUUAACACUGAAUAACCAAUUGUACAAUUCAUGUAUGUUUCUGAAGACAUAAAACCACAACAUUCUGAGAAAGGGCUGUGCCAAUGUAAGAGGAAUUUACCUUAAGGCUCUCUGUCACUAGUGAUUUACUAGCUUUAGCUGUUUAACACAUUAUCUGUAUUUAGUAGUGAUUAUUUAUUUACCAGUCUGAGGUAAUUCAGAAUUCAUGACUCACAGCUUUAUAGAAGAGUUUAGGAAACCUUGCUUUUAUUUAAUUUGGCUUAUGACUGCCUUGUGUUGUAGAACUCUGGCAUACUGCUUCCAGUAAGGAUAUCCCAGGUUAAAAACUCUAUUUCACAAUUUAGAAUGGAUGUAUAAUGAACCAAUAAACCAGUAAAGCUUAUACAAUGUGAGUUUUGCUGGUUCAGUCAAAAUUAACAUGAUUGUGUGUGAAGGACAUACUGCACACAAAAGAAUUUAAAAGUGUUUUUUCUCCAUGGUAUCUUUAGUAUCACCAUUGGAGAAAGAGGCAGCAAUGAAAGAUAAAAUUUUGGAGUUAUUUCACUCAUUUCUUACAUAUAUGCUUUAUAAGAUUAGGAGAAAAUAUCCGCCACAUCAUUAUAAAGAGAAUGUUGGAGUUAAGGGAGGCAAGUUAAGCAACUAAUAAAUUUGUACUGUACACUGUGAAUAACAAAUAAGGCAUUCUAUAUCUUUUUCUAAUUAACAAAAGCCAGAAACUGGGAGUUCCUUAUACAAUUGGCCAAUCAAAUCAGAACUCAAAAUCAGACCUUUUUUUCCUUUUUUUUUUUUUUUAAUUGGCAUAUUUAUCAGGAGAUUCUCCUGAACUAUGAUUUGCCACUUAAGAAUAGACAUUUCCCAGUCCAAGUUACCCUAGAAGUCAAACGUUGCUCAUAGUGGAGCAAGAUGCAUCAUUCAAACAAGUUUUCAUGCUGCUUGCUGUCAAAUGAAAGGGCAAUUGCUGAGGUCAAGUAGGAGUCUGAAGCCUAGCAUAACAUGCACAUGCUCAUUAUUGUUUAAUUACUUUCUUUUCACAUCAGGUAGUGAUUACUAUUGCAUUAAUUUAAAUGGGAGUUUUGGCUAUCAAGAUUUGUUGAUUUGAAGUGUAAUUGAAUGAAAUCCGAUUAAGGUUUUGACUUCUCUGGCCCAAUUGUGAUACAGGUUGGCAUUCUCAUUUAUCAGCCCCUGUCUCCCCAUAUGGCUCAAAGUUGCACCAAUGACUGGUGAAUGACACAAAAACCCCCAAACAAAAGCAGCAUACAUUGUAUGGAUUUUCUCAACCGCUAUUGUUUAAUGGCUGUGUUUAAUGUGACCUAUCUGGAAAAUGAGGACUACGAAUAAAAAGCAAUUACUAAUA